AUGUCCCAGUCUAUCUGUAAAAUACCAUCUACCACCAAACAGCAAUUGCGUAAGUUUCGUCUAACCCCUAUAAAACAAUCGACAACUACCAUUCCGACACAACUAUACAAGAUCGACAAAGAGCAGGAACUACAGCUAGAUGAAAGCUUAGAUCUCGAAAAUUUUGAUGAUUUAGCCGAAGAGCUUCCUGAUAACUCACCUUGCUACAUUCUAAUGAAUUACGGUUACACCAAACCAGAUGGUCGUUUCGUUAGUCCUUUAGUGGGGAUAUAUUGGAGACCAGAUACGGCCAGAGGUGAGGCCAAGAUGUUAUAUGCUGGUGCUGUUGAACUAUUUAAAAAAGAGGUUGGAUGCAACAUGUGGUUGGAAUGUUCAGACGAAGAUGAGAUUCCCGAUUUAAAGGCAGAGAUUGAAAAAUAG